GGAGUUCUUCUUGAAGAUCCUGUGUGUGUUUAGAAAUCUGAUGAAGCUCAGUAUUUUCCCCCGUGACUGGAACAUCAUGAGGCUCCUCACCAGCAACAUCAUCCUGACGACCGUUCAGUACCUGUCUCCUGCUCUGCACAAGAACUUCACUGAAGCAGAAUUUGACUUUAAGGUGUGGAACUCCUACUUCAGUCUGGCGGUGCUGUACAUCAACCAGCCCAGUUUACAGCUGGAAAACCUGAGUCCUGCCAAGAGGAAGAAGAUCUUAGAUAAGUAAGAACGCACAUGAACGCACACUCACACAAAUA